GCUGGCAUCUGGGAGCGCUCAGACUCGUCCGCCCGCAGUCACCAUGGACAGGAUGGAGGUGACGGAGACCUUCGCUGGCAUGUCCUUGCCUGGCCACUUGCACACGCAGGAGUCCCUGCGCUUUGCCAGCAGCUUCCAGUUCCGAGACACGGAUGUCGUCAUUGCCACCUACCCCAAGUCUGGCACCACCUGGAUGCAGGAGAUCCUGACCCUGAUCCGCAGCAAGGGGGACCCUGAGCCAGCCAAGACCAUCCCGAACUGGGCCAGAGCCCCCUGGCUGGAGCACACAUACUUCAAGGACAUGCUGCAAGAGACUGGCGAGCCCCGCCUCAUCACCACGCACCUCCCCUGUCAGGUCCUGGCCCCAGCGCUGAGGAAAUCCAAGGCCAAAGUGAUCUACAUGGCCCGGAACCCCAAGGACAUCGCGGUUUCCUUCUAUCACUUCCACAAGAUGGCCAAGUUCCUGCCUGACCCUGGCUCCUUUGAGGACUUCCUCGUCCGCUUCCUGGAUGGCACAGUGCAGUACGGCUCCUGGUUCGACCACGUCAAGGGCUGGCUGAGCCUGCAGGCCGAGCUGGGUCUCUUCUACAUCACCUACGAGGACAUGCACAAGGAGCUGGGGCGCUCGGUCGAGCAGCUCGCUGGCUGGCUGGGCUGCCCGCUGCAGCCGGAGCAGAUCAGAGCAAUCCAGCAGCACUGCAGCUUCUCCUCCAUGCGCGAGAACGAGAUGGUGAACUACACGCUCAUCCCCUGCGAGAUCAUGGACCACCACCAGGGCCGGUUCAUGAGGAAAGGGACAGUUGGAGACUGGAGAGACCACUUCACCCCACGGCAGAACAUGCUCUUCCACAAGAUCUACCAGGAGGCGAUGCGGGACUCCAGUCUGUGCUUCCGCUGGCUCAUGGACUGAUGCGGGGGCUGCACGGGCCAGGGACAUGGCUAAGCAGGCAGGGCAGAGGCUUUGUCCACAGCUGGGACUCGGAACAAAACUCUAAGCUAUGUACUUUGUUGGGCAACAUGUGCUGGGCCCCCCACCAGCCAGCCCCGGACAGUGGAGAAGGCUGUGCCAGUCACAGCCCUAGGGAGCUGACCAAGGCCCCUGGCCUCUCCAGGAGUGAGGGGGGGCACACAGAAGAUUGGAUGGAACAUCAUGGGGGGGAUGCAUUGGUCACAACCAGGGUCACAAGCCCCCGCCCUGCUGAAUGUUACCCCACACACAGCUAUGAGCACCAGCCCUUCUCAAAAGCGAGCGCCCGCUGGGCUGUGCCAGUCCCCUAAAGGGAGCCAGGGCAGCAGCCUUUCUGGGGGCCCUGAUGGGGGAACGUUGCCUCAGCCCAGUUACUCCCCCCUUCCUCAGACUUUGCAAAACACCGACUCUGACCAAAAAAGGAAGCACCGGCCCCGGGGGAUGGGGAGGGAUGCAGUUUUGGUGGCUGCCGUGAAAUUCCUGUGAAUCAUUUUAGGAAACAAGGUUCUCCUGUCUUCAAGCCAAAAUAAGCUUCAGAAUGACAGGCUGACUCUGACCAGAGGGUUUGUGGAUAAGCUGUAUUUAUAUAUCGGAAGGCAGCAGACUUCUCCUCGGGCUGGCGGGCCCAUUGGCCCAAGCGGCAGCCCUUGGCCCAGUGCAAACCAGCCUGCAGGCCCUGCCAACCAGCAGCCCCUGCCAUGGCCAGCGGGUUUAAGGCUUGUCUAACUGCCACAGUUCUAUAUUAUGGUGACAGUGCUGAGCGCACCCAGGGGGCGAGGGGGGUCACUCGCGCCCUCAGAGCUGGGGCUGGUUUUUGUAUUGGAGUGUUACAUGUAAUUAUUGAAUGGUUCCGUUUA